AAAAAUUGCUUUACUUUCUCCGUCUAUUGCUUUGUUUUCUCGUGAUCCGUUCACAGUCUACGUGAAAUCCCACAUUUAUUUAUAUUUUCUCUCUCUCUCCCUCUUAUUUCCAUCAUCAUCAUCAUCCUCUUCUUCUUUCUCAAACACCCCAUCAAAUGAAAUGAUGUUCAACUUUGCUCGCUUUUCGCAUGCCCAUCCCAGAAUUAUUAUUUUCAUUAUUAUGAUUAUUUAGAAGAUUUCCCAUUUCCCCACUUAGUUCUUUAGCUGUCCAAGCAUAGGGCUUUUGAUCCAAUGGGGAGAGAUUUGUGACAAGAAUGGAUCCUCAGGCUUUCAUAAGGUUGUCAAUAGGCUCACUUGGGCUGAGGAUUCCUGGAUCAACUUUGAAUUCUGCCAAAUCUGAAAUCCAUGCAUUUACUUCCCCAUGUUUGUGUGAGAUACGACUUCGGGGUUUCCCAGUACAGACCACAUCAGUUCCAUUAGUAUCCUCACCUGAAGCUCUACCUGAUAUUCAUAGCAUUGCCUCGAGCUUUUAUCUGGAAGAAAAUGAUCUGAAAGCCUUGUUGACACCUGGCUGUUUUUAUAACCCUCAUGCAUAUUUGGAGAUUGUAGUUUUCUCAGGGAGGAAAGGGUUCCAUUGUGGUGUCGGCGUCAAAAAACACCAGAUUGGGACUUUUAGAUUGGAAGUGGGUCCCGAAUGGGGUGAAGGGAAACCAAUAAUUCUUUUUAAUGGGUGGAUAGGUAUUGGAAAAAACAAGCAGGAGAGCGGAAAACCAGGAGCAGAGCUUCAUUUAAGAGUGAAACUGGAUCCUGAUCCAAGAUAUGUCUUCCAGUUUGAAGAUGUGACAAUGUUGAGCCCUCAGAUAGUCCAGCUUCAAGGUUCCAUCAAGCAACCAAUUUUUAGUUGCAAGUUUAGUCGAGACAGGGUGCCACAGGUGGACCCGUUGAGCAUUUACUGGUCAGGUUCUGCUGACAGUGCUGAUAUAGAGACUGAAAGAAGGGAAAGAAAGGGAUGGAAGGUGAAGAUACACGACCUCUCUGGCUCGGCUGUUGCGGCAGCAUUCAUAACAACUCCCUUUGUUCCAUCAACAGGUUGUGAUUGGGUUGCUAGGUCCAACCCAGGAGCUUGGUUGAUUGUUCGCCCUGAUUCAUGCAGGCCUGAGAGCUGGCAGCCAUGGGGAAAGCUUGAAGCGUGGCGUGAGCGUGGCAUCAGAGACUCCAUUUGCUGCCGAUUUCAUCUCCUUUCGGAAGUCCAGGAAGCUGGCGAUGUUCUCAUGUCUGAGAUAUUUUUAAGUGCCGAGAAGGGUGGAGAGUUUUUUAUCGACACUGACAAACAGAUGCGGACAGCUGCUACUCCAAUUCCAAGUCCGCAAAGCAGUGGAGAUUUUUCUGGAUUGGGUCCAGUUGUUGGUGGGUUUGUGAUGAGCUGUAGAGUGCAAGGAGAAGGUAAGAGCAGCAAGCCAAUGGUACAACUAGCGAUGCGACAUGUGACAUGUGUGGAGGAUGCUGCCAUCUUUAUGGCACUUGCAGCAGCAGUUGAUCUCAGCAUUGAAGCAUGCAGGCCUUUCCGGAGAAAGCUGAGGAGACGGUCUCACCAUUCCUUAUGAAAGUAGAAAUGAAAUGUUUAAUUUCCAUGAACAACGAAUGGCUCUAUUUUAUCCUAAAUGAUGAUUGUUGUAACAUUUGGCAUUGUGUACAGGAUUUUUUUUUUUCUUUUCUGAUUCUGGAUGGAUUACUUCUCUUCUUCCCAAA